AUGUCGCGGACCAUCGAGUUGCGAGCGCCCGAAGGCGUGUAUACACGCAGAGACUGGACGAAUCCGCUGCAGCAUCGAACGGCAGGGCAGAACGACGCACCUACCUCGCCCACCUCCCACGAAAGUGCAGCGACCUCGUCUCGAUAUGCAUGCAUGAACGAGGUACCGCAUAUGAGCGCCGCCAUCAUCCGGCCACGCCAUGCGACGCACGCUGAUGCAAGUAGCUCGGUGCCUGGUGCAUUGGUGAGUCAGGGCCUGGAGGCAGAGGCGUGGGGCGAUGCCACGCCCCUACGCUCUGCGCGGCCCAAGCUGAGUCUACGGACCUUGGGCGGCUCCUUCAUUGUCCGCUCAAACCAGUACCAAGACAUGUCCAAGAUUGUCAAUCACCGGACGGAACCUACGCUGUUCACGAUGAUCAAUGCAUCCAAAACCCUGUUUUGGUACGCCAAUGUGCACCAAAAAAUGAAGGAGCCUGCAGGCCGCAUUAUGUUCACCCAUGCCCCUCUGUGCCACGAUAUCAAUCAACAUACGUGCAGACAUGAUCGUAUGGAUGUAGUCGUCGGACUCUCGAGCGGCGACAUCGUGUGGAUGGAUCCCAUACAGUACCGUUGCUCGCGAAUGAACAAAAAUGGCAUGGUGACCUCAUCGCCCGUCCGGCAAAUUCGGUGGGUGCCUGGACACGAAACGCAAUUUGUGAGCGCGCAUAGCGAUGGUACUGUCUUGGUGUGGGACGUGGAACGCGAUGAUCCACCGGAAGGAUUUCAAAAAGCACCUUCUGACCCCGCCUGGGAUCCGCGCGCAUCUAUCGUCGUCGAAGAGCCCCAGCUUCAGACGGAUUCUCCGAGUGGCGGCAUGCUCAAAAUGGGACGAUCCAAGGAUCACUCACCUGUACUCUACAAUCCCUUAUCCGUGUGGCAUGUCUCUCGACGCGCCAUCACUGACAUGGCCUUCAGCCCCGAUGGGCGGUUCCUGGCUUUCACGAGCGAAGACAAGCUCCUACACAUCGUCGACUUUUCGCGCAAGACAUUGAUUCAUACCAUGGCCUCGUACUUUGGUGGGCUGACUUGCGUGUGUUGGUCGCAGGACGGCCGCAUCUUACUGACCGGUGGACAAGAUGACCUACUAACCAUUUGGGCCGCGAAGGAGGGACAUGUCGUGGCUCGCGCUCAGGGCCAUCAUUCAUACGUAUCGGCUGUGGCAUUCGACCCUUGGUGCCAUAAGGGGUCUUCGUAUGAUGCCUAUCGUCUGAUCUCUGCGGGCGAAGACGGAAACGUAUGCUUCUGGGACUUUUCGAGCUGGUCACUGCAUCGUCCGCGUGCUGCACCCAACCAGCGCGCUUUGCCUCUACAAACGACUGCGUCGCAAGUGUUCGUGCCGGCCCAGUCCCGGGCCGAGGUGCCUAUGCUGCACCCCACGGCCUCGUUCCGCAUGCCCACAUCCGUACCAUGCGGCCUCCGUAUCGCACCAAACUACCUAAUGGUCUUGCAUCUCGACAGCGAAAUGGCAUUGUUCAGUCGACCAAGACGCUUCACUCAUGGCCACACGGUAGACCACGAGCCUGUGCCUACUCAUACCACGACAUCCUCACCUGAAGAGCCUCCCGCGGCGUCCGAACUACCACGCUCUCCCACACAGAGACAAAUGUUCCGGCGCACCAUGUCGCCUUUUACCCUGGGUCUGCGUAAAACAUAA